AUGGUCCACCAGCAGUAUCUACCAGAAGUGCUGAGUCAAGAAAGAUACCAGGGUCGCGUAUUUGUGAUUGGCGAUUCUGGGAGCGGGAAGACGCUCAUGACGAAGCAGCUUUUCUCGGAAGUGGCACAGCAACAGCUGCUCGGCAUCCGCGAUGAGCCAGGAGACAUGGCGGGUACCACGAGAAUCAGCGGCAUGAACCUCAUCUCCGUCAGGACUCCACUUAUCGAUCUGGCUACGCAGCUUGAGGCUAACCCGGACCUGCCUCUGGGGGCCGACCCGAUCUGCGAUUUGCUAUCCGAGUGGAUGCAAAGAAAGCAUGGCCACGAUUCCAUCCCGCACAAGCUGGUCUAUACUGUGCGAAAUUGGUGCCUUGGUGCUGCUGACCGCGCGUCCAGGAGGACAUCUGUUCUCUCGGCAUCGGAAGGAGAAGAUGCAAUGCGCGAGAAAACUAUCGGAGACCCGCAGCAUUCAGAAGACAUCAAGGCGUUGUUUCUAUUGUUCGAUGGUCUGGAUGAGGCAGCUUCCUCUCGGCUACAGGUGCUGAACGCCAAGAGUGCAGAGAAUUGCACCGCGCUCUCGAUGGCUGCAGACAUGGACACUGGCGAUGAAGGCUUGGAGUGCAUGAAGCUGCUCAUCAACGCCCGUGCCGACGUCCACGCCAAAGUGGGAAUGACAAUGAAGCGACCUUUCUGGAAUCUCACGGGCCAGGAGAACAGCAUUCUGACCGGACCAGCGCAGGCAGGAUAUUUUGACAAGCUGAAGCUUCUCCUCGAGAGUCGUGCUGAUCCCAAUUCGCCAAACAAUUUGGAUUUCGCUCCGCUGAUCCAGUGCGUUCGGUCUAAUAAUGCGGAUUGCGCCAAGCUUCUCGUCGAGCAUGGAGGUGUUUUUUUCAGAUGGUCCAGUAAUCUCAUUUCGCUGCAGUGCAAUACAGGCCUUCUCAUGAACUACAACACACGCUGGAACUGUAUGAGCUGGAGCCCGGGUGCCGACGCUGUCCAUGCUUGGUAUAUGUAUGCAGCGGAGAACAAGGACAUCCUCCGCCUCGCGUUCGGGCUGGGCAUGGACGGGAAUGCCUGCUUUUACUGUAGACUCGGAGGCCACAUGUGGCUUCCGAAAGCAGGCUACAAUCUCACGAAUGGGUCGGCGGAUUACUGGUUCUUCAUAGCAGGCACCUUUGCUACAUUUGAGCUCUAUGUAAAGUAUGGUCUGGACAUCAACAGGCCUUCGGGCCCCAUGCGGCUGAACCUUCUGAUGAUCACAGGCUGGUCUUCCAACAAUGCGGCGAUCCUUUCGCAUAUGCUGGAGAACUGCCCAGAUCCCGACGAGGCCCUGGCGUACAGGUCCAAAUUCCUGGGGAGCCUGGAGGGCGGCGCAAGGAUUCUCGGGCUUGCAGCUAUCGUGGAAGCCAUCGAGGGCUUCAAGCGCAAGCGGGCGGAACAGGAAGGACACCCCCCCCAGCCUGCCUGA